CUCGAAUGGUGAUAUUUUCCCACUUGCGCCCAAAGGUAUAUUGAUAUGGCCGGAGUUUCACCCCAAUAGAGUAACAGAGACAACGUUAUCGAAUGUAUUCCUGUCUCGUCCGCUCCACCACCUGACUAUCUCCAUGACACCCAUGGCUCUUGAGUGGGAAUCCCAUUGACACUUGUCCCGCACCCAGCCAUUAUAAGAUGGUACAUAGAUAACUCCCGACAACUUCUACGCGCCUAUUCAAAGGAACCACAUGCUUAACGAAAGUGCUUUACCCGUUGUAAUGAAGAUGACUUAUAUUGCAACACUGACCGCCGCGCCCCGUGGCUUUAUCAUUUCCCAAUUGAUAACAUUAUUCAGAUCAUUAUCAAUCGCAAUGCGCCGCGUUACUACCCCCCAAGACGUCACCAAAUUGUUACUACCAAUUACAAACCGCAUUCUCAUUCAUAUGUCGCUCCUUUGGUGCUCAAGAUAUUAUACGGACGGCACCUGUAUCCAAGUAUCCCUCAAAAUUGUGAAAGCAAAAAUGUUAGCUGUGAAAAGAGACUUUGGCGGAUAUAGAAAGCUCACCAAACGCCGGGUCUUUGAAGCUUACCUUCGGGAAAUGGCCGAAGACAUCAAGGAUAUGAUAGACUCUUUCCUAAUAGCCUGGACUCGUCACCCAAAUGAAUGCAGCUUAUCGACAAUUUGUCUUGAGGAAACGACAAUACACAGUCGCGUGUGGGAACUCAUGAAGGAUUGUACUGUCUCUGAACCAAGGAAACGGCGAUCAUCAUUUAUUUCAGAACGGAUCACAAAUGCUCUACUGCGUAAACGGGGCUAUGAGGCACUCGCAGGAUAGCGAACCUUCAUAACAGAGAUAUUUAGGUAUAAGAAUCAAGCUGCAAAUGUCUGGAAAUCGGAAAGGUGAA